AUGAGUGUCCCGCCCGAGAGCUAUCAGCAGGUGCACCACCACCCCGACAAGCCCAUGUCGCCUUCGCCAGGCGAUGCGCCGUCAUCGCCAGACUUGACCCGCCCCAGCGGUCUGGCGAGCGUCUUCAAGGGGUUGGCCGGAGCCAAGUUGACGAAAUCCCCUCCACCGAGCCUCAAAUCAGCCUCUUCGAUCUUAUCGCCGCUGGCCGACCACGUAAAUGCCACUCGCACGAACCUCGCGGGCCUGUCACCGAACCACAUGGAGUCAUUUGAGCUGCUCAAGAACGGAAAUGGCAAUGUUGCCGAGCGCAUCGCGGCCGCGAACUCGCUCCGAUAUGCCGUUGCCGAAUACCCCAUGAACCCGGUGCUAGAAAUCUGGUAUGCCGCAAAGUGUAUGAUCGAUGCGACAAAGACGGAGACGGAGCGGAUCGCUGGCUGGGAGCUCCUUUCGGAAUGCGUCAAGCACAAGUCGUCGACAGAUCUCGAGCGCCAAGAGUACUUCCUGACCAUAACGGCGCCGGCGAAUCCCCAAGACUUCCAUCUCCAACUUGCCGCCGUCGUGGAUCUCACCAAUCACGGGCGUGAUCUAUCCGGGUUCGACUAUCAAGUGAUCGGUGUUCUGCAAAGGUGGCUCCGCGAGGCAUACCAGGCUGUCAAGGCAGCACGAAGGCUAGCUAGCCGUGAUGCUAAGAAGAAUGCUGGCAAGGCCAAGGUCUCAGCUGCGGGAGAGGAGAAGAACCUACACCAGCUCUUCACCUUUAUCGGAGACGUCAUCAAGUUCAGUUCAAAUGUAGCAGAUGAAACUGCCAUGUCUGGUCUGAUGGACACCCUAGUCACAAUCUGUCUGAGUACAACCAUCGAAGACGACCUGCGGGCUUCGAUCAAUGUCAUCGACGCAAUCGUAACUUUCGGCGCCUUGCCAGCCGCCAGCUUCAAGGGGUGCGUCUUGGUUCUGGGCUCCAUAUUCUGUCUUGUGCCAAGCUUGUCCAAGACGGCAUGGCACACCAUCUCCAUUCUGCUGAAGUCGCACAACGGUCCUGCGGCAGUUAGGGUCUUGGUAGAUCUGUUGCGGCACCUCCCAGCAGAUGGCAGCAGCAAAGGAAAAGAUACCAGGGAUAUUCGAGGUGUGCUGGCUGUUCUGGAGAAGCUUUUGACGAAGAGCACAGAGAAGGGCUAUCCGCCUGUCCCAUUCGCGCUGCUCCUCGACGGCUUGGUCGCCACAGUUCACAGCACAGACUCUGGCCGGGUCCACUGCGCUGUGCUCAAACUGAUCAACUCUCUCUUCCGGGACGGUGACGGCAAAAUUCACAAUUUGAUCGUCGAGGAGGACUGGUCAACCCUACUGUUCAUCGCUGCGGAAUGCUCCAAAAAGGCGCCGCCGGGCAUAGUCAUCGGAAGCGAGAUGAUUGCUUUGGCAAACGAGCCUGAUCGACCGGACGGAGCCAUUGGGGUUGAGUUGCUGAAGCUUAUCAUGCGCUUGGAGGAGCUGGCCAGCCACAGGUCGGGUGACUUUGUCCCUCGGCAGAUCAUCAUCAAGUUCUUCACCGACAUCCACGCUCGACUUCCGGACUCGGCAGCACGUGUGGUACUCACCUACUUUCAAGAAUUCCGAUGCUGCUCGCCUUCGGAUCUGCAGUGGGAGGAAAACCUGUCCUUGGUGCUGAAGGAGUUUUACGCCAAUCGAAGUCGAAGUUCCGAAACCCGUCUCCUGUCUCUUCAGGCAGUAACAGAAUCUUACGACAUGAUGGACCUUAUUGGAGAGGGGCUUGGUGACGAUGACUGUGUGCCCAACCUGAUCAAGGACCUACUCAACAACAUUGCCGAUGAGACUAAUCUCCUCGUGCUCGAAUCGGUUGUCGCAUUUAUGGUCUCCGUCGCUGUUUCCUCAGACUCGGAGCUGUUCAAUUACAUCACCGACACACUGAGGACCAUUGUCGUCAACGAUCGUCUCUUGUCUCCCGUUGCAUCGUCUGCGUCUCGGCCCACAACUCCUGUCGGGGGCGAAGCUGGCCCUCAAAGGAGUUACACGGCCUCUGGGGUCGUAACAAGGGGCUAUGUCAAGUUAUUUAUGCGAUGCAUGAACCUUGACGGAGCCAAGUCUAUCAAGCUUUACGACACGCUCGUCAACAUCGCCAAGACAAACCACUGCAAGACGGAUGCCCGGCUCACUGCGAUGAAACUACUCUUCCGCCUCCGAGCUGAUUGGGCAAACCGAGUUUUCUUGAUUAAUGACACGGAAUCCGAGGGUCUUGCGGCGACGCUCCUCCACACAGCCUCUUCCCGGGCACGCAAGCAAGCUGAAGACGCAUCGCAACCGGCGAGGGCUACCAGAGCGGAACAAGGUGCCGUCUCACGGACCACGAGAGGGAUAUCUUUCAGCAGCUCCGGAACACAGGACAGGGCUUUUCCAGUCCGUUCCGCCAGCGGGGCAAAAUCUUCUUAUCCGUACAAACAACUCUGGGCCCUGCCAGACCCGGAAGCCCUGCCCGAGUCUCCAACAGCCAUCGCAAGUCCCAUCCUGGCGUCGCACGUCGAAGGCCCGGUCUCGGAUACCAAGGAGGGAAGCGAGCUGUUUCCUAGGGAAGCGAUACAAGUCGUUUUGAACAUGGACGCUUGGCUUGACACCAUUGUUCACAUCAUCGAGCAGGGUUGUGAAUGGGAGAUCUAUAGUAUGGUCUUGGUUCAUCUACCCUCGCAGCUUACAAAUCACGCAAUAUUCCGGGGUGCAGUGCCACAAAUCCAAGAGCUCCGGCGAGUGACGUGCGAACAGAUACGGACAAACAACUUCCAGGAACCACCUUCCUCUACAGGUUUGCGCCGUGCCGAUGUUGCCAUCUGCCUCUUCCACAGCUUGACCAUGAUCCUGAGCUAUCACGAAUUCUUCCUCAAGGAUCAAGAAGACGAGAUUGUACAAGCUUUCGUCAAGGGCAUUUCGACGUGGGAACGAUGCGCCAAGUAUUGCAUCCACGCCCUGUCGAUCUGCUGCCACGAGCUGCCUCUGUCCACAAGCAAAACGCUCGUGCAAAUGUUGCAGAAAAUGGCACAGAUCAUCACCCAGCCCCAUGUGGCUAUGCAUAUUCUGGAGUUUCUCGCUUGCCUCAGCAGAAUGCAGAAUCUAUACGUCAACUUUAGAGAAGACGAGUACCGCAUCGUGUUUGGAAUCUGUGUUCGCUACCUCCAGUACGUGCGAGAUAAGAAGCAAACCCAGCGAGGCAGUCUUCACAGCGAAGCAUCAACACCUACCGGUUCCACUCCGGAUCUUCUACAUCCGAACGCCGCAGACGAUCUGCCCCAGUAUGUGUACGCCUUGGCGUAUCAUGUCAUUACGUUCUGGUUUUUGGCCUUGAAGCUACCAGAUCGUGCUAACCACGUCGGUUGGAUUGCCAAGAACUUGCUCAGCGAUGUAGACGGCGGACAAAGCCCUGAAGAGCAAGCCUUGGUGACGCUCGACUUUAUGCAACGGGUUGCCUACGCAGACGCGGACGAGUCUUCGCAAGAUCUUCUCUUUACUAGAGAGCGGUUCGGUGAGAUUUUGAAGCGACGAUGGUUGAUGGGCAACAGCAUCGUGACGAUUGAGCAAGCGGCCACAACUGGGUGGUCACAAAUCACCAAGCGGCAGCCCUCGGGGACGUCGUCGUAUAUUGUGCAUGAGAAUUUCCAGCCUCGCCCAGCCCACCAAGCUCAGUACAUAUCAGAUGUGUCGAGAGACGGGCAACUGACCAACAACAAUAUCCUACCGAGCCACUUGAUGGUUCAGCUGAUGACCUCUACGCCACAAAUACAAGACACCGCCCGACCUGUCCCUCUCCCAGACGACGACGCGACUCAAAGAGCCAUCAGAGUCUUUGAUCGUAACUCGACUGUGGAUGGUCAUAAGGUCGGAGUGGUGUAUAUUGGCGAAGGCCAAACGCACGAGACCGAAAUCCUUUCGAACGUCUCGGGCAGCAGCGACUACGUCGCUUUCCUCAACGGGCUGGGCACAUUGACAAGACUGAAAGGGUCGAAGUUCAAUACGCAAGGACUGGACAGAGAGUACGACACGGACGGCGAGUACACCUUCUGCUGGCGUGACAAGGUGACAGAGAUGGUUUUCCACGUCAUUACUCAGAUGCCCACCAAUCUGGAGCGGGACCCUCAAUGCAUCCUUAAAAAACGUCACAUCGGUAAUGACUUCGUCAACAUUAUCUUCAACGACUCCGGCAUGCCCUUCAGGUUCGAUACUUUUCCGAGCGAGUUCAACUACGUCAACAUUGUCAUUACCCCAGAGGCGAGGGCAUCCUUUCUCACCAUUAGGGAGCAUCCGCCGAGUGAAGGGAAACACCCGCCUUUCUACAAAGUACAAGUCAUGAGCAAGCCCGGCUUCCCCGAGAUCUCCCCAGCAUCCGAAACCAAAAUGGUUAGCUUGAGAGCGCUUCCAGGAUUCAUUCGGUUGCUGGCGCUCAAUGCUUCCGUCUUUUGCCUUGUGUGGGCAAACCGCGAAGGUGGUGAACACGUCAGUUCAUGGCGCAACAGGCUCAGGGAGAUCAAACGGCUUCGCGAGAAGUAUGGACCUAAAAAUGCGUCCAGCGUACACCAGCCGUCGCACCUGCAUUUGCCCCAUAUGAACAAUGCUUCAACGCCCUCGCCACCUCCAACAUCACUAGGAGGCGCAGUCGUUGGCAACAGCCUCUCCGUCGCCCAGAGUGCGGAUGCGUCUAAGUCUUCGGCCAAUGUGCGUGACAGCUUCAGCAGUCUGCGCCGGUCGUCGGUAGCCACAUUUUUCACCAGUACGAGCGAGCAGACUAGCCACCGGAGCUCGAUGCUGUCUACCACCACCAACGAUACCGAGGUUUCGCCCGGAAACAGCAUCGACUCGCUCGUUGAGUCGGUUGACUUUUCCAAAUGGGCGUAA